GUCAAAGACCCAGGUCUCUGCUCCAAGACAGAGAGAAUCACCACUGCUUGAUGCAUCUGGGAGGCCACUAAGUGGACACCUCGACAACGACGCGCUGCCAGUUUCCCAGUAACGGGUCUCCAUAGUAACAUGCCGUUCCAGGGCUCUCCGGGUAGCGCUCGGGUGGACCUGGGGUUCCUGGAGCCCCAGCAUGGCCUGCAGGUCACUGUGGAUGAGUCACCCCCCAGUAAAGACACUGAGCAGCCCAUUAACUGCCACAGUGGACGAGGGUCGUUGCGUAGCGAGGGGAGAGGUCUGAUGGCUGUUCUCGUGUGUCUGUCCAAAGUCCCCCUGCUCUUCCUCCUCCUCUAUGUGUUCAUCUGCUCUCUAGAUGUCCUGAGCUCGGCCUUCCAGUUAGCUGGAGGAAAAGUUGCAGGGGACAUCUUCAAGGAGAGUGCCAUCCUGUCCAACCCUGUGGCGGGGCUGGUAGUGGGUAUCCUAGUAACCGUCCUGGUGCAGAGUUCCAGCACCUCCACCUCCAUUAUAGUCAGCCUGGUCUCCUCCGGAUUGCUCCAAGUGCAGGCGGCCAUUCCCAUCGUAAUGGGCUCCAACAUCGGGACGUCAGUCACCAACACCAUCGUGGCGCUGAUGCAAGCCGGAGAGAGAGAGGAGUUCAAACAAGCGUUUGCCGGGGCCACGGUGCAUGACUGCUUCAACUGGCUGACGGUGCUGGUGCUGCUGCCGCUGGAGGUGGCCAGUGGGCUGGUGAGGCGCGUGUCCUACGUCGCGGUGACCAGCCUGCCCCUGCUGCAGAGCGGACAGGAGGCCCCCGAACUGCUGAGGGUCAUCACCGAGCCCCUCACCAAAGUCAUCAUUCAGCUGGAUAAGUCUGUCAUCACAGGCCUCGCCAUGGGGGAUGAACAGAUGAGAAACAGAAGUCUGGUGAAGGUCUGGUGUCAGAGCAACACUCACACAAUUGCCACAAAUGUGUCUUCAUUUGGCGUAACAGGCGUCACAGCUGAGAAUGUGACGCUGGAAAUUCAUCAUGAGAAAUGCACUCACCUGUUUGUGGACUCCCCCCUAUCCGACCUGGCGGUGGGGCUGAUCCUCCUGGCUGGCUCGCUGCUGGUGCUCUGCUCCUGCCUGGUGCUCCUGGUGAAGCUGCUCAACUCCCUCCUCAAAGGACAAGUGGCCAGAGUCAUCCAGAAGAUCAUCAACACAGAUUUCCCCUGGCCCUUCGCCUGGUGCACUGGGUACCUGGCCAUCCUGGUGGGAGCUGGGAUGACCUUUGUGGUGCAGAGUAGCUCUGUCUUCACCUCCGCCAUCACGCCCCUCAUAGGUCUUGGCGUGAUAAGCCUGGAGCGUGCUUACCCAUUAACUCUCGGGUCCAACAUUGGCACCACCACCACGGCCAUACUAGCGGCCCUCGCUAGCCCAGGGGACAGACUCGUGGCAGCCUUUCAGGUUGCCCUAUGUCAUUUCUUUUUCAACGUCCUGGGCAUCUUAAUGUGGUACCCCGUACCUGUCACCCGCUUCCCCAUCCGCAUGGCCAGGUUCCUGGGGGAGCAGACCGCCGAGUACCGCUGGUUCGCCGUCCUCUACCUGCUCCUGUGCUUCCUCCUGCUGCCCUCCCUGGUCUUCGCCCUGUCCAUGGCGGGUUGGCGGGUCAUGGUGGGCACGGGCGUCCCCUUUGUCGUCGUCGUGGUAUUUGUCGCCGUGGUGAACCUGCUCCAGGCCCGCAGGCCGCAGUGCCUGCCCGUGAAGCUGCGGAGCUGGACGUUCCUGCCGCUGUGGAUGCGUUCCCUGCAGCCCCUGGACGCCGUCAUCACCAGAGUGGCACUCAGAUGCACCAAGAUCAGAAGCAGCCAGCGGGGACACCUUGCCCCAGUCUUGCCCCAGUUGUCCACUGUGAAAUUGCUGGAGGCUGGAGAACUGAUUGACAAUCCUGUGAUGAUUUCUCUCAGUCAAGUGAACAGCAGCCAGACGAUAGAAGAUGGCAGGAGCACUCGACUUUAGAUGAGGCAACACAAAAGAUAAUUGACAUUCUACUCUUCUUUUUACCUUCUUCUUCUUCUUCUUUUUACCUUCUUCUUCUUCUUCUUCUUCUUCUUCUUCUUCUUCUUCUUCUUCUUCUUCUUCUUCUUCUUCUUUUACAUUAAUUUUUUUGCUUUCUUCCUCUUUCUGUAUUCUCUCUGGCAACACACUGACCUGACUGUGCUAUGCAGCACAUACACAAGUCUGAAGUGCAUACAUCAGUCAGAUAGGAGAUACACAUAGGACUAAAACAUUCAUGAGGUUUUGAAGCCACAUGGGCACUUCAUACUUGUGUAACACGAAAAAAGUAAAAACAAAAAGUCCGUGUCUGAUAAACAGAAAUCCCUGUAAAUAAGGAGUUUUAAAAAUGACUUUUUGCCAUGACCAGGGCCGCUGACAAAUUUGGCUGGGCCCAGGACAAAGUCAUCUGAAAGGGCCCCUCACCCAAUGCAUAUAAUGUAAUUGGGACUCAAUUCUGGGGCCCCUAUCUCCCUGGGCCCGGGACAACAUAUCCGUUUGUCCCCCCUGUCGGCUUCCCUGGCCAUGACUAUGAACUAGACUAUUUAGUUUGAGGUUUGAGCAGAGGCUUCACUUUUGUCUUAUUCAUGUCACGCUGUUGGAGGAAGCGCAUACUAUUCAUCAUCCAUCCGAUAACAUCCGAGGCAUAAAUUCUGCCUUGUGCCACUUUGUAUUGAUGACAUGUGAUGUUUCUUAUGUUGUAUGCAGGCAUCCUCCAUCCAUGGUCCACGACAUGGUGAGCCUACGUCUUAGGAUUCCAUUUUCUGCUUGUCUAUGAAGAUUCUCAUUCAUCCAGGUCAUCUUUAUUAAGAGCUUAGUUGUAGACAACUGGACUUCAAAUGGGCUUCAGAAACAAGUCCUACAACGAAACUCUUUUGACUAUUAUGUGUAUGGUUCAAAAUCAAUGUAGGCCUAUGUAUUGAAGUGUCUUCAUAAUUCGGUUUUGUCUUGAAAAUGGAACCCUUUGUAAAAGUUGUGUUCAUUGAAAUCUCUUUGGUCAUUUAUUUAUCACGAGGUCCGUUUCUCUUUACCAUGCGAGCAGUGUUAGCACUGGUCUA